AUGCUUGAGAAGGAGCAAAUGCCCGAGGACCAUUGUUGCACCCCGGACUUCAAGAAAGUCGAGGCAACACGCCCGGAUUUUGAUCCCAACGCACCAAUCGACGUAAUCAAGUCACCGGAUCCGAGUUGGAGGUAUGGCCAAGGUGUCAACGAUGGCGGCGCCAGUUUGCAGAAGAAGCAUGUCGAGAUCGACCCUUUCGCGGAAGGCAGGCCAAUGAUGUCUAAUUACAAACUCUUCGUAUCUGGCAUCGUUCCACGUCCGAUCGGCUUCAUAAGCACUCUAUCGGCAGAUGGGAAGACCGCCAAUCUCGCUCCCUUCAGCUACUUCCAAGUCGUCGACCAUGAUCCUCCCAUGUUCAUCGUCGGCUUCUCGUCCCGGCCCGGGCCUUCGAAAGACACGUAUCGUAACCUCAAGGAGACGGGCGAGUGCGUUAUCAAUAUCGUCUCUGAGAAUAUGUUGCCAGCGGUCAACGCUACGUCCAUCGACGCCCCCGCUACAGUGGCGCCGUCGAGAGUGCAGGAGUCCGUCUUCUCGAUCGAGGCGAAGUUGACGGAUAUGAAGGAUUUUGAAAAUCACGCUAAACCGGGUAUGAGUAUUGCGGCCGUGGGUAUUGUUGAAGCGACGAGGUUCUGGGUCCGUGAAGACGCGAUUGAUGAGGAUAGGAGUCAUGUUGACCUGAAGGUCCUGAGGCCGGUUGCUCAGUUGGGUGGGAUCUCGUAUGCGAGGAUCACGGAGACUUUUGAGUUGCCGAGAAGCAAUUGGGAUGCUGCGGUCAAAGAGGAGAGUUGGCUGGGGGAGUUGCCCGGAGCAAAGGAUGCAAGUGCGUAA